CAAAUAGCCAAACACCACUCACACAUUCAAAUCUCUUAUUCUAUUCCACUCAUUCAUUCAUUUCACUCCAUACACUAAAAACAUUAAAACCCUAGAAACCAAGAAAAUCCCUCACCCUCUCAUCUCAUCCAUCUCUCGCACAUUCAAAAUAUGGCCAAAAAGAAAAUGACACAUUCCCAAUCUCAAUCCCAUGACCCCAACACGCUAACCCCACCACCAUUGAACAUCGAUGACCCUUCUAUUCAGAUUCAGAAUCUCAAAAACCUAAACUCUGUUCUUAUCAAAGAAACCACUAAUCAUAGAAACCGCAUUCAAUCUCUUCUUCACGAUAAUCACGCCGCCAUGAACGCUCAAUCUUUAAUCUCCGAUCAAAAUCUCGCCUUGGAGCUUCAAAACUCUGUCUUGUUCUCUUUCUUUCAAACCCACUUUAACGAAUUAGGGUUUAAGGUUGUGGAAGAGAGGAACGAGGCGAAGUACGAGGUUGAUGUUCAGAAGAAGCAAGUAAAAGACCUAGCUUUACGAUUGGAGAGCGUGGGACGGAAUGCGGAGAAGAUGGUGUUGGAAAAUCAAAUUUUGUUGGAGGAAAAGGCUGAGAAAGAAAGAAGGGUUGAAGAACUUGAGAAGGAUAGAGAUUUGGUUUCGAGGAAAUCGUUUGAAUCGGCGAAGGUGAUUGAUGAAUUGAAGGAGAAGAUUGAUUUGAUGACUAGGGAGAAGAAUGAGGCUGAAAUUGUUAAUAAUACUCAGGGGAUGAAGGUUUUGAACCUUGAAGUUGAGAUGCAGCAACUCGAUGAUCUUUUGAAAAACUCGAGGAAUGAAGAGUCGGUGUUGCGUGCUAAGAUACUCGAAAUGGAAGAAACUAUUGAGGUUGCUGUGGAGAAGGAAAGAGAAAUGAUGAUGGAAAACAGCAAAUUGGUUGGAGAGAAGAAGGAGAUGGAGAAGAGUGUUGAGAUUUUGACUGAGAAAAGAGAUAGUGUUGAUAGGACUCUUGAUAUGGUUCGGAGAGAAUUGGAGGAUAGGAAGCGUGAGCUUGAUGAAGUGAAUAGAGCGAAGGACGAGAUUGAAAAGGUUAAAGUUAUCUGUGAGAAUCAAGUUGUUGAGUUGCAAGGUGAAAUGGAUAUAGUAAGGGGUUCUGUUGAUGAGUUGGAAAGGUGCUGCAAAGAGUUUGAAGAGAAAAACAAUGGUUUAAUCUCUCAAGUUAAUCAUAGUAAGGGUAUUGUUGAAGAAGAGAGGGUUGAGAAGGAGAAGUUUAGAAAGGAUUUUGAAGAGGAGCAAAAGAAAGUGGAGAACUUGGAGUCACAAGUUGUGGUAAUGGAGGAAAAAAUCGAGCUAUUAAUCUCUCAAGUUCAUCAUUAUAAGAAUUCUGUUGAAGAAGUGGAACUUGAGAGGGAUAACAUCCAAAAGAGAUACAAUGAGGAGAAAAACAAAGUGGAGAACUAUGAGUCACAAGUUGUGGUAAUGGAGGAAAAAAUCGAGCUAUUAAUCUCUCAAGUUCAUCAUUAUAAGAAUGCUGUUGAAGAAGUGGAACUUGAGAGGGAUAACAUCCAAAAGAGAUACAAUGAGGAGAAAAACAAAGUGGAGAACUAUGAGUCACAAGUAGCUGAAAAUGUGAAAAAAAUUGAUGAGCUCAAGCUUGAGAAGGAUACCAUCAUGAAGAGGUACGAAGAGGAGAAAACGAAGGUGGAGUUGCAAGUUGCGGGACUCAAGGAAAUAAUUGAACAAGGUGCAGCUGAAUUGGUCAAGAUGAGAAGUGAGAAAGAUAAGAUGAAUGAGAGAAACAAGGAGCUCAGAAGCCGCGUCGAUCUUUUGAGUAACGAAAAGGAUGCUACACAUAGUAGCCUUGUUGCAGCACAACAAGAGCGCGAUGAUUUGAAAGCUAAGUUUGAGUCAUCUCGUAUCAGUUCAAAGCAGGCCUUGGAAUUGUUGAAGAGUACUGCUGCAGUGGUGUCUAAGGAAGAUGUGGAAGUGGUUCUCAAUGAGACUACGAAGAAGAAGAAGAAGCGCGAGGAAGAAAUACAGCCUUUUGCUGAAGAACUAGAGGCAAUAAAGAAAGCAUUCAUAGUUAAGAAUGAGAUGGUGAAUGAUAUGAAGCAACAAGUUGUGUCAUUGCAGAAGUCUGUGACUGAUGCACAUAAAGGUAAGAGCUUGUGGACUGGGAUAUCAUCUGCUACUACUAUUUUGGCUGCUGCUUUAACUGCUUAUAUUGCUAAAAGUCGCUGAAAAUGUUGUCCCAUUUUCCUUCUAUAAGAUGAGUCUUUGUAAUAGGAUCAAGAUAUAACUUGAUUUAGCUUAACAUCUUUAUCUUCUUUAAUGAAUAACAUUUGAUCUUUACUUAGUCUAUGGUGAUCCAAAAAGACUGGAAAUUUGUCGACUGGCUUUGUUAAAAAUGUUGUUUGGUCCAUGA